AUGCAACAGAUGCAACAGCAGAAUCAGAUGAUGAUGCAGAUGAUGCAGGGUAUGCAAGGACAACAACCUCCUGCUCCGGUUCCUGUUCCCCAAGCUCCAGCAGGGCCAGAUUUUCGUGCUUUCUUCAGAAUGGAUCCCCCAGAGUUUGCAGGUGGCUUAGACCCAGUAAUAGCUCAUGACUGGUUGGCUAGUAUGGAGAGGAUAUUCCAGGCAAUCCAGUGUAACGAAGAAGAGAAGGUGAUCUUUGCUACCCAGAAGAUGAAAGGACCAGCUCUUAGGUGGUGGAAUACUGCAUCUACCUAUUUCACUACUCAGGAGAUCCCUAAAGACUGGCAUCAUUUCAAGGCGGCAUUUCUGGAGAAGUAUUUCCCUAAUAGUGUUCGAACCCAAAGAGAAAGAGAAUUCCAGAAUUUCAAGCAAGGCAACUUGUCUGUUUCCGAGUAUGCUGAAAAGUUUGAAGAUAUGGCUGAUUACUCACGACAGGCUGUUUAUGCUCCUGAUGAGUUAUGGAAGAUUGAUCAAUUCUUGAUGGGUUUGAGGGCCGACAUUGCUCAUAGUGUGUCCCAGAGGGAGUUUACUACUUAUGCUGAAUGUUUGAGGCAAUGUUAUGUGGCGGAGAACAGCCUAAAGAGGGUGCAAGAGGAGAGGAACCAGAACAGGACUAACUACAGGGAACAAGGGAAAUCUGCUCAACACCUGAAGCCCCGUGGUUUUCCACCAAAGAAGAAGCAAGGAUAUGGCGACCAAUCGGCCCAACCUCCUUAUUGUCACAAGUGCAAGAAGAAACAUGCUGGGGAGUGUGAACCUACUCCAAUUACUUGUUUCUGA